ACUAGUCAACUGAAUCUUCAUUAAUAAUAUUCCAGUUCUUGUUUGAUUAAUUCUUAAUUCAAGUUAUUAAACUGAAAGAAGAGAAGAGGCCAGCCAUAGCCAUGGGAGAAGAUGGUGAAGUUCCGGUUAAGCUUGAGGGGAAGAUGAGGGCAAUCGCAGUAUGUUGGUUUCUUGGACUAGGUUCUCUGGUUUCAUGGAACAGCAUGUUGACAAUUGGAGACUACUAUUAUCAUAUAUUUCAGAAUUACCAUCCAUCGAGGGUUCUUACUCUUGUUUAUCAACCGUUUGCUGUCGGGACAAUGGCGAUACUUACUUAUAAUGAAUCGAAGAUUAAUACGAGGAAAAGAAACUUGGCUGGAUACACCUUUUUCUUCUUAGCCACAUUUGCUCUCCUCCUUCUGGACUUGGGAAGCUCAGGGAAAGGAGGAGUUGGAAAUUUCAUUGGUGUCUGUUUUAUUGUUGGAUUUUUUGGAGUUGCAGAUGCCCAUGUUCAAGGUGGAAUGGUCGGAGAUCUAUCUUUUAUGUCGCCUGAUUUCAUUCAGUCUUUCCUAGCUGGUUUGGCUGCCUCGGGAGCUCUCACUUCUGCCUUGAGAUUAAUCACUAAAGCGGUUUUUGAGAAUUCUCACAAUGGUUUAAGAAAAGGAGUUAUGUUGUUCCUAGCAAUAUCUACCUUGUUAGAAUUCCUCUGUAUAUUUCUAUACGCUUUUGUUUUCCCUAAGUUCCCAAUUGUCAAAUAUUAUCGCCAAAAGGCUGCGUCACAAGGUUCCAUGACUGUUUCUGCUGAUCUGGCUGCUGCCGGGAUCCAAACAGAAUUAGAACAAAUGCCUCAGUCGAGGCUAAGCAACAGGACAAUUUUCAUUCAGAACAUUGAUUAUGCGAUAGAUUUGUUCUUGAUUUAUGUUCUGACUCUGUCAAUCUUCCCCGGUUUUUUAUACGAGAAUACUGGCCAACAUAGACUCGGGUCGUGGUAUGUACUUGUUCUGAUAGCAACAUACAAUGUGUGGGAUUUAAUCUCGAGAUUUAUACCUUCAAUAAAAUGGCUCAAGAUGGAAUCGAGAAAAGGACUCACUUAUGCCAUCUUAUCACGUUUCUUGCUCGUGCCCGCAUUUUACUUCACUGCAAAGUAUGGGGACGAGGGAUGGAUGAUUGCACUCGUAUCUUUCUUGGGUUUAACCAACGGCUAUCUAACCGUUUGUGUCCUAACCGCUGCCCCCAAAGGUUACACGGGGCCAGAACAAAAUGCAUUGGGGAAUAUACUGGUGUUGUGCCUCUUAGGUGGAAUAUUUUCAGGGGUCGCACUCGAUUGGUUGUGGCUUAUUGGUUCCACUCAAAAGUUUUAGUUCGCUUCGAUUUGUCGAUGAAUUGAGUGUAGCAGUUCAUAGUUGUAUCAAGUUUAAUUAUGUGGGUCUAAUAUAUAUCAUUGAACAUGCUUAUAGUUUAUUUGAAAAAAUAUCUUCCUAACAAUUCAAUCAUUAUCUUUGAAUAAGAAGAAGUCUUGAUAUUGUCAUAUUGACUUGUGGA